GUCAAAACGUUGGUAAGAAAUCGUGAUCUACCGCUGAGAUGUUACCAUAUGGACUGCGGACAACUGUUUUCUAUAAAUGACUUGAAGUGCUUAUUACUUGGUGAUAAUCGUUUGCCGUGGUUGAGUGCAAAGAAGAUGCUCCCUCUGGUGGAAAGCUCUAUCGAUUAUUUGCUGCAAAACGACAGAUCGUUGAUGCGUUGUCCAACACCCGACUGCUUUGGCAUUUUCAAGAAGGAUGAAAUUUCCGAAGUGCAUGAGAAGCGAGCGAUUAUAUGCGAUUCUUGCAAACAUUCCCGAUGUGGUCUCUGUAUGAUGGAGCCUCACGAGGGGGUGUCCUGUGAAGUAUACGCGACCCUUCGAUCCGAUGAAGCAGCAUCUCUACAAGCCUAUUUGGCAAGCCAUAAGGAUAGGGUUCGGGCAUGCCCUACGGGUUGUGGAGCGCUGAUCCAGAAAGGCGAGGGGUGCAAUCAUAUGCACUGUACGGUGUGCAAUACACAUUUUUGUUGGUUGUGUGGCUUUUCGAGCGUAUCUCAAUCAGAAGUGUACGGUCAUCUCAGAGAAAUUCACGGUGCUAUCGGCGAUCAGUGGCCGUUGCUCCAAUAUGAUGGCAUGGAAGAUGUAAUAGGACGAUUCGUGCUUGACAUGAACGACGACGACGUGUUGAUCCCACUUGCAGAAAACCUGUGGUGA